CUUCACCUGCGCUCCCCAUCGCAAUACGCUCUUCGGUUUGAUUGAGACACUGUCCUUGAUUUGUUCCCACUCCUUACCAUGACGCAGCCACAAGUCUUGAUUAUCGGUGCUGGUCCCACUGCAUCGAUUCUUGCGCUAACUCUAGCUCAGAACGAUAUCCCGGUCCGCAUCAUCGAGAAGCUCGAGAAACCGUCCGAAGCCCAGCGUGGUAUCGGUGUGCAGGCCAGAAGCCUCGAGAUAUAUAAGUUCUUAGGGGUUCUCGAUGAUGUUCUUGCAGACGCAAGGUCGCUACCGGGAGUCAAGCAAUACGACGACGACGGGAGGCUGGUAUCUACAAAGCCUGGGCGGGAUUUCAUGAAUAGCAAGCUUACACCAGAUAAACCCCUCGACGUAGGUCAUGCGAUCGGACAAGACCGGCUGUGCCGUAUCUUCGCAAAACAUGCCAGCAAGUUCAAUAUCAACGUUGAAUACUCUUCAGAACUUGUCUCGUUGGAAGAACAGGAGGGCCAUGUCACUGCGACUAUCAGGAAAGGCGACCGCACCGAGACCGUCGACGCGGCUUUCGUCGUCGGUGCAGAUGGGGGCAAAAGUACCGUACGCAAGUUGUUGGAUCUGGAGUUCGUUGGGAAGACCGGCGGAGACGAUCGUCGCAUGGUCAUCGGGGACAUUCAGAUGACCGGUAGCAUCGACAAAGAGCACUGGUGUUUCUAUGGAAGUCCACCAGGCGACAUGCUCUCGAUCAUAGCCACCAAACGUGCCUUUGAAGAAGACGUUUAUCUCUUCUUCGCAACAGGUCCAGGGAUUGACGUCGAAAGGGCUGUCGCAGAUCGGGAAUACCUACUCGAUCUCAUCCGCAAAAAGACCAGGAUACCGGAUCUGCAAUUUGGUGAGAUCAAGACAUUGGCUACUUAUAGGCCAAACAACUUCCGUGUGGUAGAUACCUUCAGGAAGGGUCGAGUGUUCGUUGCCGGAGAUGCUGCUCACGUCCAUAGCGCCACCGGAGUACAAGGACUUAACUCUGGGGUGAUGGACUCGUUUAACCUUGCCUGGAAGCUAAGCCUCAUCAUGAAGGGUCUAUCUCCUCCGUCGCUCCUGGAUACAUAUACCGAAGAACGGCUCCCCGUCAUUCAGGACAUGCUCCGUCUCACAGAAGGCCUCCUAAAACAGUUGCACGACCCUAACCGGAAGGGUGGCAUGAUGGACCGACCGGCGAUCAUGAACCAACUCGGUGUGAAUUAUAGAUCAAGCUCUAUCCACGGGGGCGGCGGCUGCUUUUGGGAGCUUCGAAACCGAAUACAAAACCGAAUACCUGCGUAUGAGUCGGAUGGUGUCCUCCGAGCGGGGGCGCGUGCUCCCGAGGCGCCACAGCUUUUGGAUCUCAAGGGGACUGCGAAGACACUCUCGCUUUUCGAUAUCUUUAAGCCAUACAUCCACACGGUCCUCAUAUGCUCCUCCGGCAGCGGCGACGACAGCCUCGCUGUCGCGAAAUAUCUCUGUGGCCUUCCGACAGGAACCAUACGAACUGUCAUGAUUUUACCGAAAGGAAGUUCUACGCAGACGCAUUCGGUGCACACCGAUUUCAUCUUGGGAGACACCGAAGGUCACGCUUUUCGUGCUUACGGUGCUGUAGAAGGCGAGGGUAGAGUUGUUGUGGUCCGGCCGGAUGGGUACGUAGGAGCCAUCGUGCGAAGUGUUGAAGGUGUUCGGAAAUACUUCUCUAUGAUCUUCAACGCUUGA